AUGGCAGUUUCCACGCUCAACAUGACGCCCUACUUCACCGGAUAUUCCUUCCAAGGGCAAGGUCGCAUGAAUCAGCUUGGAGGAGUGUUCAUCAAUGGUCGUCCUCUUCCGAACCACAUCAGACUGAAGAUAGUAGAAAUGGCAGCAGCCGGCGUCCGGCCCUGUGUCAUCUCCAGGCAGCUUCGUGUCUCACAUGGCUGCGUCUCCAAGAUUCUCAAUAGAUACCAGGAAACCGGUUCCAUCCGACCUGGUGUCAUUGGGGGAUCAAAGCCCAGAGUAGCAACGCCCGAAGUGGAAAAUCGGAUCGAAGAGCUGAAGAGACAGAACCCAGGUAUAUUUUCCUGGGAAAUUAGAGAUAAACUUAUAAAAGAGGGCAUUUGUGAUAAAAACACUGCACCGUCUGUCAGUUCUAUUUCGAGGCUUAUACGAGGAGGCAAAAGGGACGAAUCAGAUCCUAGAAGAAACCAUAGUAUUGAUGGUAUUCUAGGUCAAUCAUCAUGUGAAGACUCAGAUACUGAAUCGGAGCCCGGUAUAACUUUGAAGAGGAAACAGCGGCGAUCCAGAACCACAUUCUCUGGAGAUCAGCUCGAAGCCCUGGAGCGUGCCUUUACUAGAACUCAAUAUCCCGACGUUUAUACCAGAGAAGAGUUGGCACAGAAAACUAAACUGACUGAAGCGCGAGUUCAGGUAUGGUUUUCGAACCGAAGAGCACGACUUCGCAAGCAGUUGAAUUCGCAACAAUUAAGUGCGUUCAACACUAUGUCCUUACAAAGCGCAUUUCCUCCCGUCCAUCAGCAAUACGAAACUACUUCGUCAUUCAACGCCCAAUGUGCAUCUUGGCAACAGUCGUAUGGCUCUUUGGGUUCCAGUUCCGUGCUGAACUCAGCUUUAGCUCCUUCUUUACAUCAAUCUGCUCUCUCCGCACCUACUGUAUGUCAGUCUUCCUUAUCAUCGUCUUUACAUCCGCCAACGUCGAGCUCUUUCUCCUCUGGAAAUCUAACUCCACUAUCUCACUCAUCCGAGAUCCCAACACCACUUCAAGCAUCGGCUGACGCUACUCCGCCGAGUUCAAGCCCGAUUGCAGCAAGUUCUCCCUCCAUUACAAACCAGACCAGCGGUUUAACAUACCAACACCCGACUUAUCAAAACGCGAGCGAUUCCAUACCUCAUCCUUAUGGCUACGAUUAUGGAAAACAAGAUCACAUGGCGGCCCAUAACCACUGGACAUCGAGACAACUGAGCCACUCGCAGAACAAGCUAGCAGAAGUCAGCGCCUGGCCUGAAAAUUAUAGUUCAUUCUUCGGAAGCAACGCGUCUCAUUACGUUUCUCACGCGCAUUCGCCUACAGAAGCUAAAUCAGGAUAUCCGUACAUCGGCCAACUUGGCGGUAUGGACAUGGGUCGGGUACAUUAA